CAUCAAAGCUAUAAAAACAGCGCCUGAAAUAUAGUAAGUCCUAAAGAGAGGUGGCUAUUACUUUUUGGUCAAUCCUUGCUAAUAUAAGUGGAAAAUGACAGCCAGUUAUUUUAAUUUACAUCUCCUCAAUAAUGACUGGAAGUUGAAUGUUUCUCUGCGUUUAUACUGCCUAUCUGUACUUCCACCAAUACUCCGUUUUAAAGCAUGGGCGAACAGUAUCUCACUUAAUCUUUCUAAAAAAACUGGUGAAUCAAGAAGGUAACCAUCACCACUCCCCACUUUUAUUUUUUUAAUUUUUUUAAACCAAAUUUAGCAGUGGCUGGGGCUGGGGCCGGGGCCGGAAUUAUACCUACUUUUGUGAUACUAAGGUUACUAAGUUCUGAUAACCCACCACCAUCGGACCAGCCAAACCUAUCCUCACUUUUCUGAAGCUCAGAAUCUAAAUUCUGCGCAAUUCCAAUCCCAAAAUUCAGAUGUCACCUUUCAAAACUCAGCAGAAGCCUGGGAAAGCUUUUGUUCGUCUGCCUUUCCCUACAUGUUCUCUGCGCACGCGCGGCCGCUCCGCGGUGGAAGCCCGAAGGCGCAGGGCCCCCGGCCCCGCCCAGUCCGAGGGGCGGUGGGCUCACAACUGUAGAUCCAGCGGCGGAGAGAAGCCCAGGAUUGCCCCCUGUUGGGGCCUUGUCUGCGACGAGGCGGAAGCCCCAAAGUUCAGAGACCUGUCAAACCUAAGAAGACAAGCCAUGGAUCCACCUGCACGUAAAGAAAAACCCAAAGUUAAGGAACCUGUCAGCAGAGUUGAGAAGGCUAAGCAGAAAUCAGCCCAGCAGGAGCUGAAGCAAAGACAAAGAGCAGAGGAGCACUUUUCUGAGGAUAUGUGGACUGCCUCAGGAGCCACAGUGUCUUGGGCUGCCAGAGAUCUAUGCACUGAACAGAGUCAUGACAGAGUUGGAGCAGCAGCAAUUUGAUGAGUUCUGUAAACAGAUGCAGCCUCCUAGAGAGUGACCACCCCUGCUGUGUUCAAGCUGCAUGGGACCCUGAAAGCUUUGUGAAAGUGUUACCAGUUUUAACUUGAGACCGCCCGUUUGUAGCCUCCCUGAACUAGACAAGAAGAAAUUUGUGGAUAAAUCUGAACUUACAUUCAUAAUUCCACUUCACUGGUUCCUCCAUCUGAAUUGGCCUCCUGCUUGCUGAAGAGACUUGUUUUCUUCUU